AAGAACAAGAAGAAGAGAUUAUGGGAUUGUGCAAGCUGGUGGAUGCGAUCCUUCUCCUCUUCUUCCUGGUUGUAGCAGUGGUAGCUCCACUCAUGGACUCCCAGACUUGUCUACCAGUGCAAUUGUUUCCCGAUUUCCUCGUCGACCUCAAAUCCUGGUAUGCCCGUGAGUACGGUGAUUACCUGAUAGUUGAGAAGCCCGAUUUCUUCGUAGGCCUCGUUUGGCUAGAGCUUCUUCUCCAAUGGCCCCUCUGCAUUGCCAACCUUUACGCCAUUCUCACCAGGAAGUCCUGGCUGAGCACCACUUGCUUGAUCUAUGGCGUCUCCACUUCCACUUCCAUGAUUGCGAUUUUAGGGGAACUGAUGGGUUCGGGAAAGGCAUCGGGCAAGCUCCUCACGUUGUAUUCCCCGUUCUUGGGUUUUGCUAUCCUUGCGGUUCUGCGUGGGCUUGUGCCAAACGGGGGCAGGAGCAGGACUCCUACUUCAAUGAAUGCCGCAGGAGCAAAAAUGGCUAGGAAAAAGAAAGCAUGAGGGUACACACUAGACUCCAUCAAUCCAUCUUCAUUUUUUUUUUUCGAUUUUUGAAUUUGUACUUCUAGCAUUCUUGAAAAAGGAAAAACUUUCCUUAUUCUCAUAGU